AUGAAUGUGUCACUGGUGGUGGCCCGGAGCCUGGCGUGGCUCUGCCUGGUGGGUGUGCUGCAGUGGUCUUCUCUGAUAGUCGGACUCUAUCUCUUACCCCCCUCCGAGGCAGAGGAAACGCCUAACAGUACCCCAGUGAAUGACGCAGUUAUAACAGGAGCAGUCUUAGGCUCCGGGUACUCACUAGUGUGUAGCCCACCUGCUCCUGUUGCUGCUGCUCCUGUUGCUGUUACUGGUGUUGUUCCUGCUGUUGCUGGUGGGUCUGCUGUACCAUCUGCUUCUGGAAGUUCUGCUUCUUUUACAUUCUGCACCUUCGUCAAAAUACACAAGAGUCGCCUACGCUCUCCUCUAUUCAUGUAUGACGGGGCUACCUGGACAGCUAUCCUCGAUGUGACCCGCCUGGGUGUGGCACUGCAGGUGCAGGAGACCAACAGUGAUAAGGUCCUCCGCUACUUCUUCGAAGUCAGAUUCCCUCCUAACGUGUGGCGAUACUUGUGUCUGCAGUAUGACCACCUCACACACCAGGUUGCCUGCAUCGUAGAUGACACCAGUGAACCGCUCUCUGCCCAGCAUCUACCAUGGAGCGAGUUUGAGGAGACUGUAGUCGGGGAAACCGAGGAAAUGUCAAGACCUUUUGGUAACAAGGAUUUAGAUGGGAACACAACAGGAAAGUCAGCAAAUGGAUACAACUCAGUCCCAAACAGUGUCAAGCCAGGUGUUGGGAAUGACCAGAUAAGACGACUGUUGAUGACCAGGACGAUGUGUGUGGGCGGGGGUCACCGUGGCAUCCUUGAAGCAGAGGUGGCACAAGCAGCACUCUGGCGGAGGACACUGGGAGUUGAUAUGCUGCUCAAAGCCUCGGGUUGUCGAGGGCAUGAAGUUGUCGUAACCCCAUACUUAUUGCUAGGUCCGCAGUGGAUGGUUGAAGGAAAUGCAUCACUUGGUUCAUUCAGUCUGGACGAGGUGUGUCACGUGGUUCAGUGGGCAGUUAUAGUGCAGCCCGCCAGGUCAUAUUCUAAUCACAUGAUGGUGUGCCGUUACCUGGGGGGUACACUCAUGGCGAGUGACGACCUGACCUCACACGUCAUGACCUUAGCUCGUGGUACCAAUGACUCCUGUGUUGGCCCGAGAGGGCUACUGACCUGGUUAUUGGGAGGAAAAAUGGGUAAAGGAGCGACAGUAAGGGUCACUGCGGAAGAUGAAUGUCCUGCCCAGAGCACUGAUGGGGGCACGUUUGUCGCGUGUGUGCGACAACUGGAGUGUUCCCUGUGUCAGGUGCCCUCCACGGCCAUGUACAACCUGUAUGGUCAUGAUGGAAGAAUCUUCGAUUACAAUUUCUACAUCUACGCGGCAAGUGGCGAGUUGGCCUUCAAGGGUACUGGAGGCUCAGAGAUAGUUCGUGUGGGCGGUGGAUGGGUGUUGAAAUCAACACUGCACCAGAUGGAGUGGGUGUUGGCAGAGGCUGCAGUCCCAGUGGGUCGCCAGAAAUGGGUUGUGGGGGAUGACAAGAUGGUUCUGGCCUUCACCACAUGCCGCACUUCCCAGUUUACUUGUGACAAUGGCCAGUGCGUCCCUCAGAUCUCUCGCUGCGACGAUAUUGCACACUGUCUCGACAGGUCGGAUGAGGCCAAUUGCCAUGUGGUAGAGAGGUCAUCUGGGUAUGACCCAUACUACCCUCCUCCACCACGACCAGGCGAGGAAAUCCCGAUGGAUCUUUUCUAUCGUGUUGAUCUGUACAGUAUGGACGACAUGACCACAGAGAGCGGCUUGGCAACAAUGAACGUGGGAAUGACACUCAGUUGGUUCGACUCUCGACUAAAAUUUGUGAACCUGAAGCCCAAAGUGAAGAACUAUUUCCCGUGUGAGCUGGUGUGGACGCCCAGUGUUCGAGCUGUCUCGGGUCACGGGGAAGGAACCGUUCUGGAAACAACCAACUACGAAAAGUUUUGCUACGCUUACGCUGACGAGACUACUAAGAGACCUCUAGAUGAUCCCUACAUGAGUCACCAGGCAGACGGGAUGACCCACGCCCUCCAGCAUUACGUGGGCGUGUUGGCCUCUGUACCUUGUCACUUCCAGCUGCAGAUGUACCCAUUCGACUUCCAACUUUGCAACAUAUCCUUCAUGCUUAUGAACGCUCCCUGGACCCGGGUCUUUAAGAAGUCUCAAGAAGGAGACAGGGUUCCUUACUACGACUCGCGUCGGGUACUGCUGGAGUACGAGCUGGAGGACCAGACGACGGAGGUGGGCUGGUUCCUGCAAGGUACAGACAACAACACUUACUUUGUUCUCACCUUCCACCUGCGUCGCCUCUACGGCUACCACGUUGUCAACAGCUUUUUCCCCAGCCUCCUCAUGUUUUUCGUCUCUUUUGCUACUCUCUUCUUUCAGUUGGAGGACUUUGAGAACCGCAUCAUGGUGUCGCUAACAGCACAACUGGUUCUGGCAGCUCUUUUCACCUCUACCACACAGUCCUCUGUCAAGACUCCUUACCUCAAGCUCAUCGACGUCUGGUAUGCUGCCAUCAUCACUUUCUGCUUCGUCAUCGUCAUCAUUCAGACUGUGAUCAAUGUGAUUUUCAACAGUGUCAAUCUACCAUCGCUCGUGGUGAGGGCUGUGGGUGUCGUGCCGCUGGACCAUGGCAGUGAUAAGGUGGUGAGGGCGUUCUCGUCAGGUGAGAGGCAGCAGCAGACCCAGGUGUCAGAGGAAGUAGCCAGACGGUAUAACACUGCUUCUGGCGUCUUCAUCCUGUUAGUGGUCCUCACCUUCGUCGUAUUCUACAGCAUGAUGGCUAUGAGGGUCCUGUAGUGAGUGAAGAUGAACCAACACACUGCAGGGUUCAGUCUUACAGUUCCUACAUACUAGCACUGGGUUUCUAUAGUAAUGAAGCUUAACAGGUUGCAGGAUUCAAUCCUUCGGUUCCUACGUACUGGCACUUGAGUUCUGUAGUAAGUGAAGCUGAACCAACACGCUACAGGAUUCAUUCCUACGGUUUCUACAUACUAGCAAUGGGGUCCUGUUGUGAGUUGGACCAAUACGCUGUAAGAUUCAAACCAAAUAUGCACAAAUA